CUGAAGGGCCGCGCGAUCAGCGGGGCGGAAGUCCUCAGCAUUAUACCGUAAAACAGGUUUACGCUCAGGACUUUACUAGUUCAGAAAGGGACAACUAGGUCCUUCAAAGCGGUACAACGGCAUGUGAUGUCAGCUGACAGCAGCAGAUGUAGGUUCUCAGGGUUUUCCUUCUCACAGCAGCCAUGGCGGAGAUUUCUGCAAUGGGCAGUGGCGCUCCAAUGCAGCAGGGGCCCUACAUCAGCAUGAUCACGAAUCGGAUGGUGAACCUGUUGAUCCGCGCCACCAUGCUCUUUAUGGUGGGCGUGUUCUUGGCACUCGUGCUAAACCUGCUACAGGUGCAGCGUAACGUCACUCUUUUCCCUCCUGAUGUCAUCAGCAGCAUUUUCUCAUCUGCCUGGUGGGUUCCACCCUGCUGUGGAACAGCUGCAGCAUUGAUAGGUUUGCUGUAUCCCUGUAUGGACCAUUGUCUGGGGGAGCCCCAUAAACUUAAGAGGGAGUGGUCUAAUGUGAUGCGCUGUGUGGCCGUCUAUGUGGGCAUAAAUCAUGCCAGUGCUAAGGUGGACUUUGCAAAUAAUGUGCAGCUGUCACUUACUCUGGCUGCCUUAUCUGUUGGCCUGUGGUGGAUGUUUGAUCGUUCACGCAGUGGUUUUGGGCUGGGAGUCUUCAUUGCAAUACUUGCCACACUGGCCACUCAGCUACUGGUUUACAAUGGAGUCUUUCAAUAUACCUCUCCUGACUUCCUGUACAUUCGGUCCUGGCUGCCAUGUAUCUUCUUUGCGGGUGUGAUAACUGUGGGGAAUAUCGGAAGGCAACUAGCUCUGUAUGAGUAUAAAGUCAGUCAGGAAAAGACCCACCAGGAUUAAUGGAGAAGCCUCUGCCCACAUCGGGAAAUCCAGGAUAAAGAAGCAUGGGAUCAACUGAUAGAGCACCAUGACUGACAGAGUGAUCCAUCGCUAAGGAGGGGCUGCUCUCUGUGUUUGAAGAUGGGACAGUGUUAUGAUUUAUGCCUGCGGAUAAGUUCUUUGCAUGCUCUGGUUCUCAGAGUGUGUAUAACGACAGGGUAUGACAUCGAUUACACACUCGUACUCUCUUGGCUACAAUAAAGUGCCAAACUGACUUUGAUUGGUCAGACUGCUUGACUGUCCUCCACUCAAUUGCAGGCAGAAGUUAGAAGGACAAUGUAUUGACUGAAUAUUUUGACACACUCACCCUUCCUACCAUUGCCUCCUCCAUCCUCUGUGAUGGGUGAAGGAGUGUCGUCUGAAUGCAGCACCACCAUCGGUUCACAUUUAUCAAUGUUUAAUACAGAAAAAUGGAGAGUUUGGAAAGUAAUGUAGAGUAUUAUGACAGGGCACCCCAUUCUUAGUGAGGGAUCAUUUGCAUAUCACUACAUUAAAGGGCAGCUCACUCCUGCUGUCUAUAAUCCACCACCAGAGGGCGUCAGAGCACAGCUGACUCCCACCAAUGAAAAGCAGAUCACACCAGAUUCUACAACAGGUUAACUGUUCACCAGAGUGCUGUGUUCAUUAGCUAAAGGAUUGGUGUUUAUUAAAGCUUUAAUUGGUACUUGCAUACUUAAAAGUGAUUGCAUUUUUAGUAAUAAGAGAUAAGUUCCUGCUAGACCAAAAUAAUUCAUUUGUUCUGAAUGAUUAAGGCAUUCCUUAGCUUCAGAGAUCACUUUGUACUUUGUACAUUGACUCACAAUGACAAUCCGUUGAUUUUUACCAAAGCCUUAACAUGACAGAUAUGUUUGAGCUUGGAAUAAAAAAAAUUAAAUAAAAAAAACGAUAUACUGGCAGACCACCAUUUGUGCACUGGUUUUGGAUAAAUUAAGGGAAAUUACUAUCUUACCUUUUUAUUUCAAGGAUAUUUUAUGAAAAUAGUGAAUAAGCUGCAAAGUUUUACUGAGUGUUGCAAUGACUUUUCACAACUUAAAACAACUGUAGACUUACAGGAAUUGUUCUGCAAUUAAUUUGUGAUCAUUGGGAUGUUUUUUUCAUGCAUGGGUGAUUGCUUGACCCAGAAUCUGUAUUUAAUCACAUUUACUGUAUUUGGAAGUUGAUGUUACUUGUUUGUUAUUGGUAUUACAUCUGCAUUAUUAAAAGAGACUAUUUGUUUGAAAUGUA